AGUAGUUUCGGAGAAGUAUGGCAACAAACACUGCGAAAGAGAAUUUUAUAUAUAUAUAGAUAUAAAAUAUUUAAAUGGCUAUUAAAAAAUAACGGUUAAAGAUAAAAAAGUGAAAAUUUAGGAUUGUAUGUAUAUUUUGGUUCUACAUCGUAUAAAAUUAAGAAAAAAGAGUUUGUUCAAAAAAAUUUUAAAAAAUUUCGGGGGGGCAAGCCCCCUUCUCACUUAGGUAGAUCGUACCACUUCAGAAACCAUCCCGGGUUGAUGCACAACAACUUUGAUUAAGGUCAUUUUACGAUCAAAUGCAUAGUUUGUGAGUCUAUAGGGAACAUACAUACAUACAAACAUUCAUUUUUAUUUAUAUAGAUGUAAAAUAUUUAAAUGGCUAUUAAAAAAUAACGGUUAAAGAUAAAAAAGUGAAAAUUUAGGAUUGUAUGUAUAUUUUGGUUCUACAUCGUAUAAAAUUAAGAAAAAAGAGUUUGUUCAAAAAAAUUUUAAAAAAUUUCGGGGGGGCAAGCCCCCUUCUCACUUAGGUAGAUCGUACCACUUCAGAAACCAUCCCGGGUUGAUGCACAACAACUUUGAUUAAGGUCAUUUUACGAUCAAAUGCAUAGUUUGUGAGUCUAUAGGGAACAUACAUACAUACAAACAUUCAUUUUUAUUUAUAUAGAUGUAAAAUAUUUAAAUGGCUAUUAAAAAAUAACGGUUAAAGAUAAAAAAGUGAAAAUUUAGGAUUGUAUGUAUAUUUUGGUUCUACAUCGUAUAAAAUUAAGAAAAAAGAGUUUGUUCAAAAAAAUUUUAAAAAAUUUCGGGGGGGCAAGCCCCCUUCUCACUUAGGUAGAUCGUACCACUUCAGAAACCAUCCCGGGUUGAUGCACAACAACUUUGAUUAAGGUCAUUUUACGAUCAAAUGCAUAGUUUGUGAGUCUAUAGGGAACAUACAUACAUACAAACAUUCAUUUUUAUUUAUAUAGAUGUAAAAUAUUUAAAUGGCUAUUAAAAAAUAACGGUUAAAGAUAAAAAAGUGAAAAUUUAGGAUUGUAUGUAUAUUUUGGUUCUACAUCGUAUAAAAUUAAGAAAAAAGAGUUUGUUCAAAAAAAUUUUAAAAAAUUUCGGGGGGGCAAGCCCCCUUCUCACUUAGGUAGAUCGUACCACUUCAGAAACCAUCCCGGGUUGAUGCACAACAACUUUGAUUAAGGUCAUUUUACGAUCAAAUGCAUAGUUUGUGAGUCUAUAGGGAACAUACAUACAUACAAACAUUCAUUUUUAUUUAUAUAGAUGUAAAAUAUUUAAAUGGCUAUUAAAAAAUAACGGUUAAAGAUAAAAAAGUGAAAAUUUAGGAUUGUAUGUAUAUUUUGGUUCUACAUCGUAUAAAAUUAAGAAAAAAGAGUUUGUUCAAAAAAAUUUUAAAAAAUUUCGGGGGGGCAAGCCCCCUUCUCACUUAGGUAGAUCGUACCACUUCAGAAACCAUCCCGGGUUGAUGCACAACAACUUUGAUUAAGGUCAUUUUACGAUCAAAUGCAUAGUUUGUGAGUCUAUAGGGAACAUACAUACAUACAAACAUUCAUUUUUAUUUAUAUAGAUGUAAAAUAUUUAAAUGGCUAUUAAAAAAUAACGGUUAAAGAUAAAAAAGUGAAAAUUUAGGAUUGUAUGUAUAUUUUGGUUCUACAUCGUAUAAAAUUAAGAAAAAAGAGUUUGUUCAAAAAAAUUUUAAAAAAUUUCGGGGGGGCAAGCCCCCUUCUCACUUAGGUAGAUCGUACCACUUCAGAAACCAUCCCGGGUUGAUGCACAACAACUUUGAUUAAGGUCAUUUUACGAUCAAAUGCAUAGUUUGUGAGUCUAUAGGGAACAUACAUACAUACAAACAUUCAUUUUUAUUUAUAUAGAUGUAAAAUAUUUAAAUGGCUAUUAAAAAAUAACGGUUAAAGAUAAAAAAGUGAAAAUUUAGGAUUGUAUGUAUAUUUUGGUUCUACAUCGUAUAAAAUUAAGAAAAAAGAGUUUGUUCAAAAAAAUUUUAAAAAAUUUCGGGGGGGCAAGCCCCCUUCUCACUUAGGUAGAUCGUACCACUUCAGAAACCAUCCCGGGUUGAUGCACAACAACUUUGAUUAAGGUCAUUUUACGAUCAAAUGCAUAGUUUGUGAGUCUAUAGGGAACAUACAUACAUACAAACAUUCAUUUUUAUUUAUAUAGAUGUAAAAUAUUUAAAUGGCUAUUAAAAAAUAACGGUUAAAGAUAAAAAAGUGAAAAUUUAGGAUUGUAUGUAUAUUUUGGUUCUACAUCGUAUAAAAUUAAGAAAAAAGAGUUUGUUCAAAAAAAUUUUAAAAAAUUUCGGGGGGGCAAGCCCCCUUCUCACUUAGGUAGAUCGUACCACUUCAGAAACCAUCCCGGGUUGAUGCACAACAACUUUGAUUAAGGUCAUUUUACGAUCAAAUGCAUAGUUUGUGAGUCUAUAGGGAACAUACAUACAUACAAACAUUCAUUUUUAUUUAUAUAGAUGUAAAAUAUUUAAAUGGCUAUUAAAAAAUAACGGUUAAAGAUAAAAAAGUGAAAAUUUAGGAUUGUAUGUAUAUUUUGGUUCUACAUCGUAUAAAAUUAAGAAAAAAGAGUUUGUUCAAAAAAAUUUUAAAAAAUUUCGGGGGGGCAAGCCCCCUUCUCACUUAGGUAGAUCGUACCACUUCAGAAACCAUCCCGGGUUGAUGCACAACAACUUUGAUUAAGGUCAUUUUACGAUCAAAUGCAUAGUUUGUGAGUCUAUAGGGAACAUACUAUUAUAUAUUUCGUGGGGCCAAUUAUUAUAGAAGUUAUUUUAUUUUAUUUAUUUUUAUUAUUAAUUAUUUUAUUUAAUUUUAUUUAAUUAUUUUAUUUUUAUUAUAGAAUUAUUUUUAUUUAUUGAUUUUAAUUUAAUUAUAGAAUUUUUUAAAUAUAUACUGAUUUAAUAAUUUUUGAUUUUAAUAUUGAUUUUGCCCGGCGCCAUCUAUUAAUCACUUACCUUACUAGCUCAGUUAUAAAGUGAAUUCUGCAUGAGAUCUCCUAUCUGUGGAGGUGUGAGAAAAGAUUUCUGAAAUAUCAACUAAACAAACGACACAAAAAUACAGCUAUAUGAAAUGGUUGAUAAAUAACAAAAGACUGUCGAAUAUUGUACACGAAUUUGGAAAUAUAUUGAAAAUAAAGGCUUUGUUAUGCAACAUCAAAAAUACAAGGUUAUCUAGUCGAAAGUCUGAAGGAAGAAAUACGAUGCAAUGAAUUUAACUAUAUAAAAAAAUAAAAGUAUUUGACAAAAAUUAAGUCGAAGAUAACCCAAAAUUAUCUUGAAUAUUCAAAAUUUGUUAUACUAAAGCUAGAAAAUGAAAAAACAUUGACUUUCGAUCAUGAUCAAUUAAAAAUAUAAACUGUUCAGUACAACCUUUCACGAUGUAAUAUGAAGAUACACCAAACUGCUAUGAAGUCUCUUCGGAUCCAAGAAGAAACCAACUGCUUCUCUUUCACUGGAACAAUGUUCUAAACAUGGUAGAUACCCGCAUCGGAAUACUUUUUCACUUUUCUUAUAAAGUUGAGGGUCAUUUUUGAAAAUUUUUUCUUCACCAUGAAGAUUAUUUAUACAGAUUAAUGUCUAUUUCAACAUAAUUUCACAAAUCUACCCAUGCAGCUAAAUGAUGCAAGACGUAUCACCUUAACGAAGUUCCUUUCGAAGUGACUUUUGGAAACAUGGAACCUUUUGAUGAUUCUUACGAACAAAUAAGGCUAUUGUAUGAUACAAAUAGAAGUAAUUCUCUGGUAAAACUCAAAAUUCAAAUUAUUAUAUAUUCUAUUUACUAAUUUCUAAUUUAUAUGUCAUUGAAAUAUCAUCUUUGAUAUAGGAUUACCUAUUUUGAUUUCUUAUGUAAUUCUACCUUUAUACACUUAAAUAAAACCAUCUUAUAACUAUUUAAUUAUUACUAAGUGCUCUCCUAACUUUAGUUCUUUUUAUAAUUCUCAUUCUUCUCAACCUUCCAAUCAACGAUACCCCUCAAAAGUGGCAAUAAUAAAAAAUUAUCCAUAUACUUUGGGCUUUAUUAAAAUUACUAAAUUAUCUAUUAUUUUUAACUAUUCUAUGGUUUGAGUAUCUUAAAAAAUCAUAAUAACUAUUUAAAAUCACGACAAUACAUACAUACAAACAUUCAUUUUUAUUUAUAUAGAUGUAAAAUAUUUAAAUGGCUAUUAAAAAAUAACGGUUAAAGAUAAAAAAGUGAAAAUUUAGGAUUGUAUGUAUAUUUUGGUUCUACAUCGUAUAAAAUUAAGAAAAAAGAGUUUGUUCAAAAAAAUUUUAAAAAAUUUCGGGGGGGCAAGCCCCCUUCUCACUUAGGUAGAUCGUACCACUUCAGAAACCAUCCCGGGUUGAUGCACAACAACUUUGAUUAAGGUCAUUUUACGAUCAAAUGCAUAGUUUGUGAGUCUAUAGGGAACAUACAUACAUACAAACAUUCAUUUUUAUUUAUAUAGAUGUAAAAUAUUUAAAUGGCUAUUAAAAAAUAACGGUUAAAGAUAAAAAAGUGAAAAUUUAGGAUUGUAUGUAUAUUUUGGUUCUACAUCGUAUAAAAUUAAGAAAAAAGAGUUUGUUCAAAAAAAUUUUAAAAAAUUUCGGGGGGGCAAGCCCCCUUCUCACUUAGGUAGAUCGUACCACUUCAGAAACCAUCCCGGGUUGAUGCACAACAACUUUGAUUAAGGUCAUUUUACGAUCAAAUGCAUAGUUUGUGAGUCUAUAGGGAACAUACAUACAUACAAACAUUCAUUUUUAUUUAUAUAGAUGUAAAAUAUUUAAAUGGCUAUUAAAAAAUAACGGUUAAAGAUAAAAAAGUGAAAAUUUAGGAUUGUAUGUAUAUUUUGGUUCUACAUCGUAUAAAAUUAAGAAAAAAGAGUUUGUUCAAAAAAAUUUUAAAAAAUUUCGGGGGGGCAAGCCCCCUUCUCACUUAGGUAGAUCGUACCACUUCAGAAACCAUCCCGGGUUGAUGCACAACAACUUUGAUUAAGGUCAUUUUACGAUCAAAUGCAUAGUUUGUGAGUCUAUAGGGAACAUACUAUUAUAUAUUUCGUGGGGCCAAUUAUUAUAGAAGUUAUUUUAUUUUAUUUAUUUUUAUUAUUAAUUAUUUUAUUUAAUUUUAUUUAAUUAUUUUAUUUUUAUUAUAGAAUUAUUUUUAUUUAUUGAUUUUAAUUUAAUUAUAGAAUUUUUUAAAUAUAUACUGAUUUAAUAAUUUUUGAUUUUAAUAUUGAUUUUGCCCGGCGCCAUCUAUUAAUCACUUACCUUACUAGCUCAGUUAUAAAGUGAAUUCUGCAUGAGAUCUCCUAUCUGUGGAGGUGUGAGAAAAGAUUUCUGAAAUAUCAACUAAACAAACGACACAAAAAUACAGCUAUAUGAAAUGGUUGAUAAAUAACAAAAGACUGUCGAAUAUUGUACACGAAUUUGGAAAUAUAUUGAAAAUAAAGGCUUUGUUAUGCAACAUCAAAAAUACAAGGUUAUCUAGUCGAAAGUCUGAAGGAAGAAAUACGAUGCAAUGAAUUUAACUAUAUAAAAAAAUAAAAGUAUUUGACAAAAAUUAAGUCGAAGAUAACCCAAAAUUAUCUUGAAUAUUCAAAAUUUGUUAUACUAAAGCUAGAAAAUGAAAAAACAUUGACUUUCGAUCAUGAUCAAUUAAAAAUAUAAACUGUUCAGUACAACCUUUCACGAUGUAAUAUGAAGAUACACCAAACUGCUAUGAAGUCUCUUCGGAUCCAAGAAGAAACCAACUGCUUCUCUUUCACUGGAACAAUGUUCUAAACAUGGUAGAUACCCGCAUCGGAAUACUUUUUCACUUUUCUUAUAAAGUUGAGGGUCAUUUUUGAAAAUUUUUUCUUCACCAUGAAGAUUAUUUAUACAGAUUAAUGUCUAUUUCAACAUAAUUUCACAAAUCUACCCAUGCAGCUAAAUGAUGCAAGACGUAUCACCUUAACGAAGUUCCUUUCGAAGUGACUUUUGGAAACAUGGAACCUUUUGAUGAUUCUUACGAACAAAUAAGGCUAUUGUAUGAUACAAAUAGAAGUAAUUCUCUGGUGAUGUUCCGAUAAGUCGAUCAUCAAGAUCGACGCUUCUUACAACAUUGACCUGACUGCAGUAACUUUGCAACGGAUUCUGGAACUACCGGUUUUAGAAGACAUCAAUCUUAUAGGCUGUGAUAAUAUUUUGAAAUACUUUUCUGAAUUCUACAAAGAAGUUACAGAGAGUUGUAGGCGGAAGUGCAUUAAACUGACUGUAGACUUUAAGAUUUAUUACAGUGAAGUUGAUAAUUUAAUCGAAAAUUUUAAGAAGUUGCAUACCGAACCAGUGAUUGAUAAAGGAGAAAGAUUGUUAAUCAUACACACGAAGGAGUGGGAAAAGUGAUAUUAUUUAUUUUAAAUAUAUUUUGUUAUAAAAGAAUAUCUCAAACCAAAAAUUAGGAAUAAAUUUAAAGAAAUUAAAAAUAUCUAUCUCUAGAAAUAAAAAAGAAGUCUCUAGCUCAAGAAUUAAGUGACUUAUAAUAAAAAGAAUGUCAAUCCCUAUUUUUUCCAGCGCAAAAGUGGUCGGAAGCAACCCCGUAAUCACCACCCUAAUUAAAAUUAGUCAUUGACCUUAUUUGUUCUUCUUUAUUUAUAUAUUAUUAAUAGGUUCGAGAAGUUUGACCGACAUAGAAUGAUUCGUUUAAAAAAAAAUGAAGUUAACAGCGAUUAACGAAUUUUUGUAGUUUGAAAAAAAUGGCCUUUUCUUCCGAAUAGAAAGAUUAGCAUCAAAGAUGUGAAAAAAUGUUUAAAUAUUAAAUUGUAGCUAAUUUAAUUUCCAAGAAUUUGAUAUAAAAAAAUUUUUUCUAUGACAAAAAUUAAGUGAGCUAUUAACAAUUAAAACUUGUAAUAGCAAGCAAAAACCACCUUUACCAACCCUUUCAAAGUCACCUCUUUUUGUGACUAAGGAUUUUAAUAAGAUUUCAUAUUAAUAGGCUUGUAGAUCUUAUAAAAACCUAUAAAAUUCUUUUAUACCAAACUUUCUAAGAUACAAAAUAAAAAAGUUACAGUUAAAAAAUCAAUAUAUAUUUUUGAGAAAAAAAAAAAAGGAGAAAUCCAAUUGUAAGCAUAAUAAUGUAAGUUAGCGGUGUUUUCAGUCAUUGGCCUUAUUCAUUCUUCUUGAUUUAUGCAUUAUUAAUAGAUUCUAGAAGUUUGACUGGCUUAAAAUGAUAAGUUUUUAAAAAAACUGAAGUUAAAAGCGAAUAAAGAAUUUUUGUAGCUUUGUAAAAAAAUGCAAUUUUCUUCAGAAUAGAUAGAUUAGCAUCAAAGAUAAGAAAAAUUGUUUAAAUAUGAAAGUGUAGGUUACUUAAUUCUUAAGAACUUGGCGUGAACAAUUUUUUUCUACGACAAAAAUUGAGUGAAUAGUGAAUGAGUAUACUACAGAAGAACAUUGAUUUUUUCCAUAUAAAACUAACACUUUCGAUAGCGAAUAAAUCGAAAACUAUUAAUUUUAUCAAAAAAAUAUAUACAGCAUUUUUUGCUUAGAAUAAAUGUUUUUAUCAAUUUUUGCUGUCAAAAUAUAAUAAAAAAUUUCCAGCCCCGAGAUGGGAUGGCAACCACCCCCAUAAUAAAAGCGCCUUUCGGCAUCAUAUAGAUUUUGAUCAUUGGACCAUCCACUACUUAUCCUCAAAUUUUCAAGCAAAUUUCAAGCAUUCUGUAAAAAUUGCGGGGUGAAAAGCUUCGGUUCCUGGACUAUUAAUUAUUAAUAUAUUUAUACAAAAUAAAAGUAAUUGAUAAUAAUCUUUGUGAUAUUUGCAAUGAAACGGCGGACUUGGAUCAUAUAUUUUUUAAUUGUAAGAAGUACACACACCAGUCGGACAUUCUUACGAAAAAUUUAAGAAGUUUAAACGUUUACGGUCCCUAUAAUGUUAUGUAUCUUUUGGCACUGAGUGAUAAACGUAUUUUUGAUUUUAUUUUGUUUUUCCUAUAUAACUGUAAAAUUAAGUUAUAGAAUGACUAGAUUAGGCUUGUAACCUUAAAUGUCUUUACUUUUGAUUGCCUACAUGCCUGCCUUAGCGUGUGGGGUGGGUAUAUAGGUAAUCAAUAAUUAUUAAGAAAAAAGAAAAACCCUUGAAUGAGAAAAGUGUGACCCUUGUCCUUAUCCCAAAAUUUUUAUUAGGAUUAAUUUAGCAAAAUUCACUUUGAAUAUAAAAUAUUUAUUAUAUCUAUUCUUAACAAAAAGGUCGGUCAGACUUAGAUAACCUUAAAUUAGAUUAAUAAUUAGAUAGUUUAGAUAAGAUAUAUUAUGUUUAUGUAUGUACUAUUUACUUUGUUUCUGGCCGCAGGGUCUAAUCCUAAAGCCAAUAAAAAAAAAGAAAACCCUGUAGGUACUUAUCCGUUUACAAUGAAAAUACUUUAUUGUAUACACAACAGAAAAUCAUCGAUACGUUUGAACGGUUUGGCCACUAACAAGAGCGGACUUGUGCAGAUUUCAUUUUCACAAUUUUAGCAAAAUCGAGUAAACUAUACCCUGAGUUCAAUAGGAUUGUCAGGGCAGCCAUUUUGUAGUUCGUUAACACUCGGUGGUAAGCGGCUAUAUAUUUAUUUCUUUAUUAGCACACAAAUCCACUUCUCAAUUAUCAUUUUUGCCGGUUACAUCUGUUGGAAGUCCGAACUAGAGAAGGUAGACUCGCCUUGUUGCGAAAUGUAUUAUUUAGUACCGCUUGCAACUUAUCCGUGUCAUUGAGGUAUACCCUGAGUGCCAACAAAGAGACAGUCGGACACCGUUAUUUCUUUUCGAAAGUAAUACAUAUUCCUAAUGCAAUACGGCAACAUUGUGAAAACUCACCCACAAAUAACCCUUAAAAUCAGGUAGAUGGUUCGGCUGGUAGUAUUUCAUGAGCGUACCGUCGGGUAACAUCAUGGCAUCAAAACCAACGUGCAGUACAUCUGUUAAUAAACAAAAUAAAAAAAGGUGGUUAUCUGUGAGAGAAAAGCAAAUGAUAAAAUCGGUUUAUGAGGGAUUGCGUAGAAGAUAUCAAGAUAUGCUUAAAGAGGACGUCGCGGCAUUGUGUGGAGAUUUAACGAAAAUAUCGGCUCGUACGGUUUUCCGAAUAAUUAAAGGUAACAAACCUAUCCAAAAACCAAUCCAUAAUAAAGGACGUGCAAAAAUUGUAUUGGACGAUAGUACGAAAAGUAUAAUCCGAAGAAAAGUUCAUGGAUUUUAUUUGAGGAACGAACUGCCCACUUUAAAGGAUAUUCAACGAGAAGUUAAUGCAGACGCAGAUGAUACUUUAAAUAAAAUAUCCAUGAGAGUAUUACGAAGAACAUUACAUGAAAUGGACUUUCGGUAUGUGAAGAGAAGUCGGAAAAGUUUGUUGAUCGAGAGAGACGAAUUAGUGAUAUGGCGGAGAAAAUAUUUGCAAAAAAUUCGUGAUUUUAGACGACUUAAUAAAAAAAUUUAUUAUACGGACGAAACGUGGUUGAAUGAGGGUCAUACGAAAUCGAAAGUAUGGCAAGACUUGAAUAUUAAAAGUGCGCGACAGGCUUUCGUUGAGGGACUUUCAACCGGCUUAAAAGCACCUUCGGGCAAAGGAAGACGUCUCAUUAUAACGCACAUUGGAAGUGAUUCAGGUUUUUUACAAGGUGGUUUAAAUGUGUUUACCUCAAUCAAAACGAGCGAUUAUCAUGAGGAUAUGAAUUCGGAUGUGUUUGAAAAGUGGUUUUCGUCUAUACUGACUCUUGUAGAUCCUGGUUCGGUAAUUGUAAUGGACAACGCACCUUAUCACAGCCGUCGUGUGGAAAAAAUACCGACUUCUGCAUCUCGAAAGGCAGAUAUAAUAGAUUGGCUAAGAAGUAAAAAUAUAGAUUUUGAUGAAUCCAUGUUAAAGGUUCAAUUACUUGAUAUAGUGCGGGAACAUAAGAGUUCAUACAUCAGAUUUGCAGUAGACGAAAUGGCACGUGAGCAUGACAUCACCGUAUUAAGAACUCCACCAUAUCAUUGUGAAUUGAAUCCCAUCGAGCUGAUAUGGGCAAAAAUAAAAAAUGAGGUAGCGCAAAAGAAUACAACCUAUAAAUUAAAAGAUGUCAAAUUAUUAUUAGACCAAGCCAUACAAAAUAUAACCGCUUCCAACUGGCAGUCAUGCAUUACACAUACACAGAAAGAAGAAGAUAAAAUGUGGGACGUAGACACGCGUGUUGAUGUUCUUAUCGAGCCCAUUAUCAUUACUCCAGGAGAAGACAGUAGUGAAAGUGAAUUAACAAUAGGAAGUGAUUCAGAAUAAAAAUAUUUAUUUAAAAUAAUAACUAAUAGGUACAGUUCUAGUGAUUUUUUGUUGCUACAUUCAGAGACUACCUGUGAGAUCCUUCGUCCUACCUGGUUAUAAUUUUCUAAGUAGGAAUGUACCUAAUAACUUUAUUAUUAUUAUUAUGGCAAGUUUGUUUUUUACGUACAAUUGCAGUUUACAUUAGGUUGAUGGCUAUUGUUAUUUUCUGUAAAGCAGUUGAUAUUUAUGUUUGAAUAUGGAUUUUAUUUAAAAAAAAAAUAAAUAAUGUACAUUUUACCUGCUAGAAGUCGAUAACAAAGUGACUAAAGUUAUUUUGAAACUAUUACCUAUUUACAAAUUCAUUCACAUUUACUUAAAACUCUCUUAUUAAAUUUACUUAAAAAGUUCAAAAGGGAAAAACAAGGUUGUUUCGGGAAUUCUAUUAUUUUCAUUUUAAUCGUAUUUAACUGGAAAUUCCCAGCUAUUAUAUUUGUGUCCUUGGAAAUUGAUCAAUUUGAAUGCUAUGUCGUGUUUAGUUUAAAACGCAUAUUAUGACUAACGAGGGUUUUUCAAAAGAUUAAUCUGGUCAUUCAUCUACAGUUUGAUGUCUUAAUUGUGGAAAAUUUUAAAAAAGCAGUGGAAGAUAUUCUAUUGGGGAAAUGCGAGGCGAUACAAUAGUUAUUAGAUAUUCUUACUUUUAUUACUAAAAGUUUCGUUUAUAUUUUUAAGUUAUUUUCUUUCUUGUUUGUUAUGAAUUUAAGAUAUUUAUAAAUGAUAGGUUUUGUUUAUUACAAAUUAUUACGAACCAGAAGUAUAUUUGUAACAUUUCAUUAUUAUAGGGGAAGAAAGUUUUGGAUUUAAAAUAUAAUAUAAUUUAGCAUUUGAGUAGUUGUAAAAUAAACAUGUACAUAUUUCUUAAACUCAAAAAAAAAUAAUAUAAAUGAAUGAAAAUAUUAUGUGUACAUCUGGCUUACACAAUUAAUUGUUAAGACUUAAUAUUUUGAAUAUAAUAUUUUUACAUAACAUUUUAACAAAAUAUAUUUAACAUAAAUUAACAAUUUUACGCAAAAAUAUUUUAUGUGCAAGUUCCCUAUUAUUUCCCUUAUUUUAAAAAUAUACACGCCACCAUUGAACUACACCCGUCUCUCAUCUCAGACCCCUCGAGGGUCUAUCAUUUCUAAGCGAUACCCUGACAAUCCUAUUGAAAUCCGACUAUAUAUUAGCAGAAAACAGAGCCGUACAUAGAUAGCUCUUGGAUAAUGCUAACAGUGACAGAUGCCAUCAAAAGUCUAUUAUUGAAUAUUUUGGACUUGUGCAUUUUUCAUAUUAGGCCCACGAUAUACAGAGACAAGUUUAAUUUAUCUUCAUAAAUAUAGUGAAAAGGCAAGAGAGUUUUUUAAUAAUUAUGGUAGAUAACUUGAAAAAUAAUAAAACUCAUAAAUUUUCUAUGAGUAAAGAUCUACAAUAGUUCAUUUAUAAUCUACAUUUUAUAUUCAGUAGGUAUUUUUAUUUUUUGUGUGGAUCAAUAAAUAAAUAAUAUAAACAUAAAUAAAAAACA